AGGACUGAAAACACAGACGGACACAUCUGCAGCUCCCCAGUCCGACAAGAUGGAGCUCUACCUCGACCUCCACUCUCAGCCCUGCCGUUCCGUCUUCGUGUUUGCCAAAGCGGUCAAGAUUCCCUUUGAGUUUAAACUCGUCAACCUCACUGCAGGGCAGCAGUACAGCGAGGAGUUUGGAAAAAUCAGCAUCAUGAGAAAGGUUCCUGUCAUGAAGGAUGGAAGCUUCAUUCUGACAGAAAGCAUUGCGAUCCUGCAGUACAUGGUGCAGAAAUACUCGUCAUCGGUGGCAGAUCACUGGUAUCCCGCUGACCUGCAGCAGCGAGCUCGUGUUAAUGAAUACCUGUCCUGGCAGCACAUGAACCUCAGAGCUCAUGGAUCAAAGGUCUUCCUGCUCAGGAGUCUGUUUCCUGUCGUCAUGGGCUCUGAGGUCCCAAAGGAGAAGAUGGAUGCUGCUCUCGAGGAUCUGAAUCGGUCGCUCAACCUGCUGGAGGAGAAAUUCCUGCAGAACAAACCGUUCAUCAUCGGCGACAAAAUCUCUCUGGCAGAUCUGGUGGCUGUAGUCGAGAUCAUGCAGGCUGUUGGAUCUGGCGUGGAUGUGUUUGAGGACCGACCAAAGCUGACCGCCUGGAGAGAGCGAGUGAAGAAGGAGCUCGGUGAAAAGUUGUUUGACGAAGCUCACGAGGUGAUCAUGAAGGCGGGCAGCCUGUCGGAGAAGAUGCAGAACAGCAGCGAGAUGGAGAAGCUCAAACCAAUGUUUCGGAAACUUUUCAUCUGAAGAAGAUUCUGUGUCCAAACAGAGAUGAUGCAACUGUUGUUGAUGUCAAAUGCUCUUCAUUUCAUGGUUGUGUGAUGUUUUCAUUAGCAGGAUUGUCACAAAGUGCUGAGAAAUCAUUUAAUCAGCUUCCAGGUGUUAAACUGUUUGGUAAACUGCAGCUUUGUGUCCACAACGUGUAGAAAUCCUUUAAUGUGUUUAUCUGAUUUAGGUAAAAACUUGUGCCAGGUCUCUACCUGCAGAAAUUAAACAUAAAUCGAUUUUCCAACAAAAAAAUCUUUAUUUUUAUACUCAAUCCAGAAAUGUACAAGAUAUAAACUGUGGAAGUUUGAAGUUUGCCCCUAAAACUUUUCAGAUGGGAACAUUCAUCAAGACGAAUGUGCUUCACAACAAAUCGUUGUGUGUAAAAGAUGAGAGAUUUUUUCUCCUGGCUAACUGAAUGUACAUCCAUGAUCCCUGUACCACAAAUAUUAAAGUGAUGCAUCAACAUUA